AUGUGGAAACCAGCGGGUAGUGUGAAUAGGUUUCAAAUAGGUUCAGAUAAACAAAUGAGAAAUCGUGAUAUCGAAGGGGUGGCACAAGGAUACAGGACACCUGGUCAAGGGAUCAACUUCACUUGCCUCUUUGACGAGUUGUUGUAUGGCGCUAAGAACGGCGAGGCUCUUGGUAAUGUACAAAGUCGACGGUCCGACUCUGGAAAUGAUCAUGCCUACUGUGGACUCUUCUAG